AGAUCAGAGCUCAUUAAUUCCUUGGGGAAAUGAUGGCAUCAUAGAUAUUUACAUGCUCCUCCUCAGCACAUUAGACAACUACCAGUGCUGCUUUUCCUGUAUCCUGAAUUGUAGGAAUUCUCUGGUUAUAGCUUUUAAGGAUCCGCUUAUAAAGGAAAAAUGAUACGAAGUUUGGGCAAAUUGUCAGGUUGGCACAGCCACUCGGUUGUUGAAGUGAAAAGCAAAUUUGGUGCAGAAUUUAGGAGAUUUUCUCUGAAUUGCUAUGAGCCUGGUGUGUUUAAGGACUUUCAUCAGUUUAUCCUGAACCUACACCAGCUGUUUGCCACAAAAAUCUACAUCAGCUAUGCAGAUGUACAUGGAGACUUACUGCCGAUAAAUAAUGAUUAUAAUUUCUAUAAAGCAGUUUCUACUGCACAGCCACUACUUCGCAUCUUCAUCCAGCUGCAAGAAGAACUGGACCAGGGUAACAUUAUUAGCAAAUGUGUGACCCGGAGAAAGAAAUCCACCAUAACAGUUAGUGCUGAUGUCAGCCGCAGAGGCCAUGUUCAGAUUGGAAGUCCCCAGAAUUUCCGUCCAGUCUCCUCCAUAAUUGAUGUUGACAUCUUGCCUGAAUGCCACAGAAGGGUUCGUCUGUACCACCAGGGCUCAGACAGGCCUCUGGGUUUCUUCAUCCGUGAUGGAAUCACUUUCAUUGUAACUCCUCAUGGACUUGAGAAAGUUCCAGGAAUCUUUAUCUCACGUAUCGUUCCUGGUGGAUUAGCUGAGAGCUGUGGUCUUUUGGCCAUUAAUGACCAGAUCCUGGAGGUCAACGGUAUUGAAGUUAUAGGGAAGACCCUGGAUCAGGUUACAGACAUGAUGAUUGCUAACAGCCGCAACCUAAUCGUCACUGUAAAACCAGCAAACCAGACCAAAAGUAUAAGAAAUCCCAUCAUCUCUCGAAACCCAGAACUCCAACUUGAUGGCAAGGGUUCUAUAAGCUACCCAGGACUUCCUAUUAUUAUGCAAGCCUAUGAUUGGAUGCGUAACGACUCAGUGAGUGAUGAUGAUUCAGACAUGGUUGUGGACAAUACUGUGAAACUCUCAUCACAGUGCUCGAGUGCCUCUCCAUCUUCUCAAAAGAGCAUUCACAAUCACCACAGAAAUGGCCACCCCUACUCUCAAGAACUGUGUCAUUCACAGCCCUGCCUCAAUUUCACAGCUAAUGCUGGGCCCAGCAUUUCAUUACAGAGAGAACAGAGCUCACGGCAGCAUUAUCAGGGCAACCCAGCAUUCAGGCAGAGAACGUCUAGCACCUUUGACAUCUUGGGUGCAUUAAGCCCAGAUCUGCAGCAGCGCCUCAUGAUACCCCAAUGGGCCAUGGAGGAGGAUGGAACUGCUAUUACUUUAUGAUACUAACUUUAUUUAAAUCUCUAUACUAAGGCAAUUUUUGGGCACAUUGAUUUUUUUUUUAUGGAACAUAAACCACUGUAUAAAAUAUUUUACAAUAGAUAUCAUAUUAACUCUUGUAAUCAAUUUUCAUUUUAAAAUAUAACUAUUAAUACAAAUAUAUUUUAGUUAUUCAACAUUAAUACUCUCUCUAAAUCUCCUAUAAUAGCUAAAAAUCUUUCAAAUAUAUUUUGAUUAUCUUCGUGUGUGUGUGUGUGUGUGUGUG